AUGUCAAGUAUUGAAGACAAAAACCCUGAAGUAAGGAAGAAAGAAAGAAAAAAAUUGAAUAAUUAUUUUAAUGAGAAUUAUAGAUUAUACCCAAAAUUAAGUCAGGCUUUAAUUAAUAAUGAAUUUAAACCAUGGGCGUUUUUGCUUGACAUUUACGAAAAAAAUUUGGACAUGUUGAGAAGGGAAGAAGACGCCAUAGAUUGGGCUGUAAAUUUUGCUAUCAAUCAUCAGGAUAUAAUAUUUUAUUUAUACAACAAAUCAAAGGAACCUGAAGAUAAUGAUGAGCGUGAAUUACAGCGAUAUUAUGACGAACGAAUAAAAAACAUUUUGAAUAGUGCCGCAUUAUAUAGUAAGAAACAAUAUGCAAAAGUUGAGACGUUGAGGGAUUAUUUAAAAUAUCAAUUGUUAGGAAUACCAAAUAAUGAAAUAACUGAGGAACGGUUAAAAUAUUUUCAGUCAUUAUACGAUAAAUACCAUAAAAAUGAAAAGGCAGAGAAAAAGAAAAACGAAAUGAAGGGAAAAAAUGAGAAUUUUAAAAUGAAUGAGGUAGAUGAAGAGAUAAAUGAAGAAAUAAAGAAAAAGGAAAAAGUUUUUAAAUCGAGCCCAUGGAGAAGUAAAAACCAGCUCAUAAAUUAUGGAGAAAGAAUGAAGUGGGGAUAUGAUAAAGUUAGGGAUAAGUUAGAAGAGAAAGAAAAAGACUCUUUUGAUUUGAAAGGAAAUAAAAAAUAUUAUAUGAAAGCAAUAGGGGCAAAAGGUACUUUUAUUAUAGACUAUUUCAUUUCUGAUGUGUUCGUCUGGUUGUUAGUUGUUGAGAUGAACACAAGAAGAACUUACGCCAUAUUGAGUUCAUUAAUUACUAAAAUUAAUAGUGAAUGGAAAGCACCAAAAGAAACGAAGGAGAAUAUGACAGCGUUAAAUACUAUUCAGUCUUUAAAUUCAUUAAUAAUAAAUGGUGUAAAUAUUAAGCAUAUUGUCUGUGACCAAGAGCCAGCUUUUACCGGUAAUGAUUUGGCGUAUUGGUGUAUAGAAAACGGCAUAACUUUGAGGGUUUAUGUUAAAAAUAAAGUUUCAAAUUUUGUGAACACCAAUGAAGAAUCAAGAGGGAACCAUUCAACACUAUCAAUUUUGGAUAGAAUCUGCCGGACAUUACGAACUAUGAACUAUAACGCAGGAUAUGGGACUAUCAUUUAUCCUGAAGUUAUGGAAUAUUUAGUAGAUGAAUAUAAUAACUCACCCAAUACUUCAUUCACUAAAUUUUUCAAACAUCCUGUAUCACCAAACAUGAUGACAGAUGAAAUGGAGCGUGAAUGGUGUUUAUAUUGUGCCAAAAUGAAUUUCAUAACUCAUGAAGAGCCUAACUUUGAUGUAAUCGGUCAAAGAGUGAGAAUAUACAAUGAAGCAAACGGUAUGGAUAAACUGAAAAAUAAACUAUUGGAGGGAGUUUUUAGAGUUAAUGGAAAAGAAAGUGGCUUGUUCGUUUGUGAAUCAUUAAUGACUGGUGAUGUUGUUAAAGUUCCUCGUUGGAUGUUA